AUGACAGAGAAGCAUGAUGUUUCUAUUAUUUCUAUUGUAGGAGAAGGCGGGAUCGGCAAGACUACUCUUGCAAAAAUGGUCUUUAGUGAAGUCAAACAACAGUUCGGAGAAUGCAGGUGGUGGGUUUGCAUUUCUGAGAGGCCAAACCGUAAGGAUCUAUUGAGGAAAAUACUCAAGGAAGUGUGCAAGGGAUCUACAGCAGGUCUUGAUUGUAUCACUUCUUUGAGUGACUUGUGCACACAAAUACAGAGUGAGCUAUGGAAGAAUAGAUUUUUUCUGGUCUUAGAUGAUGUAUGGGAAAUAGAUUGGUGGCAGGGAGAGGCAGAGAGCACUCUUAUGAGAGGUGCAAUGGGGAGCAAAAUUUUGAUCACUAGUCGCAAUAUAGAUGUCUCCAAAGGUGUCAAAGCUUUAUAUAGGCAUAGAUUGGCAAUAUUGCCAGAAGAUGAGAGUUGGAAUUUAUUUUUUAACAAGGCAUUGAGGACUGAAAAUGAUUUGGUGAGCCACAAUUUGCAAGAUAUUGCAAAAAAGAUAGUCAAGAAGUGCGAGUGGAAGGUGGUUGCGGAUAGUGUGAUCUGGGAAUGGAAGAUGCCUGCCUUAUCCUCUUCCUCUCAAUAUGGUCCCAUUCUUCCUGGUCUUGUACUGAGCUACCAUGACUUGCCACCUUAUUUGACCAGUUGUUUCGUCUAUUGCAGCAUUUUUCCAAAGGAUCAUGAGAUUGAAAACGAGGGAUUGAUCAUGCAAUGGGUGGCACAUGGAUUGAUUGAAGAAAAGGAAGCCACGAUGCAGAAGCGGCCAUGCAAUGCCUCAGAAGCAGCAAAUAAGGUGCGGACAUUAUUGAGUGCAUCCUUGUCUUCGGUGGAAUUCACUAAUUUCAAGUGGUUGAGGGUGUUGUCAUUGAUGCAAUGUCUAAUGGAUGAGCUACCGAACUCCAUUGAAUGCUUUUCACUUCUAAAAUAUCUCGAUCUAAGCUGGUCUCAUGUGAGACGAUUGCCCAGGUCAAUUGGCAAACUCUAUAACUUGCAAACAUUGGAUUUAAGUUAUAGUAAAAUUGAAGAGUUGCAAGAGGAAAUGGGUGAACUGUGCAACUUGAGGUAUCUUGGGCUGGAAGGAACAAAGUGUUUGAAAUCUAUAGCCAAAGGCUUGGGUAAGCUUACCAAUUUACAGACAUUGCACAGGUUUUUGGUUGGCAAAUGGCAAGAUCCACGUUUGCAGAUAAAUAAAUCUGGAAAAUUCACCAACCCCGACAAUUAA